AUGCCGGGCCAUGCUGCACACGCGUAUCGCUUCGAGGGCACGGCACUACUGGCGGCCUUGACCAGCGAGGUGGAACGGCUGCAGCGGCAGUUGCGGCAACUGGACGAGAAUGGCCAGGCACUGCAGCAGUUGGUGUCCAAGGUAGCAGAAACUGCUGCGCCACGGCACUUCGAGCUGCCGAAGGUCUUCGAGCAGGAGCCUGAAGCGGAGUCGAAGGUCUCCUUCCGACGUGCACCAGCCCCGGCUCGAUCGGAGCGAUCGAAGAGGAGCAGCUCAAAGCAGAAUUCAAAGCCAAGAGCAACUGCUCUUCCAGUGCGGCCGCGCUACACAAUGCUCCGAGCCUUGGACGACGAGGGCUUGGCAGGCUUGGAGACAGUGGGCGCGCAAGACGUGCGGAGGGUCCGCGAAGAUCUACUGAAGCUCCAAUUCCGUCGGCUGGACGCCAAGAACGAAGGAUUCUUGCGUGCUGAUGAGCUGACGCAGCUGGGAGCACGUUUCGGGGAGACUCUCCUCGUGACCGAUGUGGCGCGCGUGUGCCAGGAGAUUAAGGCAAAGGGCUCCUCGCCCACCUCGCCUGCCAGGUCCAGUCCGGGUGUCGACUUUGAGGGCUUCUGCUCCUUGAUGUCGCCUGAGGAGGAGGACGAGGAGCACAUGGAAGAUUCGGCUCAAGAGACCCUCGCCGCCGUCAGGCGGGCAGUCCGAGCAGAAGCCAAAGAGAAGCUCCAAGGCGAGCAGGACCGGAAGCUCCAAACGAAUGCGCACCGGAUGAGAGGCGUUUUCGCGGUGGUCUUCGACGUCGUCUCGGUCCUGGUGAUCAUUGCAAACGCCCUGGUCAUGGGCUUCAGCACCGACGUGUCACCGACUAGCUCCGGAUGGGAUGUGGCUGAACUCGGCUUCUUUGCGUACUACACCGUGGAGUACGUGAUCAAGCUGCGGCUACAAGGUUGCUCUGGAUAUUACUUCGGUGAGGAGGCUGCCUGGAACUGGUUCGACAACGCCUGCUUGGUUGUGUCGUUUAUCGAACUUCUCGUGACCUACAUCGCAGACCCCACACAGGAUGGGCAAGGAGGCUUCAUGUUGAUGCGGAUGCUACGUCUUGCCAGACUUGCCCGCCUGGUCCGGCUGAUGCGCUUCCGCAUGUUUCGAGAGCUGAAGCUGAUGGUGCUGGGCCUUUUCUCUGGGCUCCGUGCCCUCUGCUGGGCGAUUGUGCUGCUGAUGUUCAUCAUCUAUACGAUUGGGGUUCUCAUGCGGCUAGUGAGUGAUGUCGAGGAGUUUGGUAGCAUGCCGAGAUCGAUGUUCACCUUGUUUCGAUGUUUCGGACCGGAUGGAUGCGCAGCCUACGACGGCACACCGCUGCCAGAGCGGCUGCGGCUCGAAUUGGGCAUGCCCUUCUUCGUGCUCUACAUUCUCACGACGAUGACCGUUGGAGUGGGCCUCUUCAACUUGAUCAUGGCUGUGUUUCUGGACAAUGUGUUGAAGUCGCAAGGGCAGCGCAAGAUGCGGGAGAUCGGCGACUCCUCUGCGGCUGUGUGCACAGACCUGCAGCUCCACAUUCGGCGGUUCUUGUGCGAGCCUGCCUCUGAGACUGAGCGGGGGCUCUUCGAUCGCUUGUCCGAGUCUGCACAGCAGAAGCUGGCGCAUGUCACGGAAGAGGGCUACUACCGAGAUCAGGCGACCAAGAAGAAAAUCGCGGAAGCCACGUACCAGAUCUUGCAGGAGGAUGAGGUCAGCAUCUCCAAAGACAUGUUCACGGUAUGGCUGCAGGAUCCCGAGUUUGUGACAAUGCUCGAGGAAGCUGAUGUGGACAUGUCCGACAAGUUUCGCAUGUUCGACAUCUUGGACGUUGACAUGGGCGGCGAGCUGUCAGCCGACGAGCUCGUGACAGGGCUCAUGCAGUUGCGAGGUGACGUUUCGAAAGCGGACAUUGUGGCGAUCCAGCUGCAGGUGAGACAUCUGACCUACGUCAUGGAAGAAAUCCAGGAAACCUUGAAGGACUUCUGCAGCUGGACGGCACUUUCAGUAUGGGGAGAAGAUGACUUGGCCACCAAGUUGGCUGCCGUGGAGGCCUUGCGCACCCAAGGUCCAUGCGCAUUGCAGCAUGCCACGGCAGUGGGCACGGCUCUGCUGGACGUGGACGAAGAUGUGCGAGAGCUUGCAGCUCUGACACUCCUUUCUGUGGAGUUUCCUGAUGGCGAGGCAUUGUCCCCCGUGUCAGAGAGUGCCUCCCGCGAGGCGCAGAGCCCCUCGGAGAAGGUCAUCCCUCGCCUGAUGAACACAGCGCUUCAAGACAAGGUCCCGCACGUGCAGCUGGCGGCCAUCCGCGUGCUGGAGGCCCUCAGUGGUCGUAUCGGCACUGCCGAGUAUGCGGCCCAACUUGCCGGCGCCCUCCAAUCAGAGCACGUUGCGGCACGCUGGGGUGCAAUGAGGGCCCUGCGGGCUUUGGGCACAGAUGCAGCCAACGCCUCAGAUCCGAGCUAUCCUAGCCGUGCUUUCACUAUAGGGUCUGGCUUCAAUGAUUGUGAGAAGGUGAUAAUCAGCAGGGUGCAAGACGUGGCUGCAGCGUGGCACUCCAUAUUUGGUACGCUCCUGCUACCGUUGAUGUGGCUGGUGCAGCUGGCCUUGGUGGUCUCGGAUUUUGGCCUCGUGGCCUUCGCUGCAGCCGUCGGGCAUGGAAGCCAGAGGAUUCCAGUGAUGAUGACUGACGGCAGUGACUGUGGCAAAGUAAUCAUGGCGGUGAUACAGCGGACCCAUCCGGAGCGCCUGUCAUUGCUGGACGGUUACGCCCCGACCGAAGAAGACAAGGAGAGCUACUUCAACCAGUAUGGAUGCUUACAAGAGCAGAUGACUAUGCUCCAGGACUCAGUCAGGAUGCAAGCAUAUCGAAAUGCCAUUGAGACCAAUGCUGCAGACUUUCGUGACAAGGUAGUCUUGGAUGUUGGCUGCGGCACUGGUGUUCUGGCCAUCUUUGCUGCGAAGGCAGGUGCUCGAAAGGUGUACGCGGUGGAGGCUUCGGACAUGGCCAGUGCGGCGAAGCAGGUCGUUGCUGCCAACGGGGUGGAAGAGGUGGUGGAAGUGAUCCGAGGAAUGGUCGAAACCAUUGAGCUACCAGAGCAGGUGGACGUGAUCAUCUCGGAGUGGAUGGGGAACUUCCUUCUGAAGGAGUCGAUGUUGGACACGGUCCUGAUCGCCAGAGAUCGCUUCUUGAAGCCAGGAGGCUUGCUGUUCCCUUCUCAUGCUCGGCUGUUCCUAGCCCCCUGCGCUCACAGCUGCUUUGCUGAGCGCUGGCAGAGCUAUGUGGACGAGCUUUGGGCUUGGCGCAGCUUCGUGCAGUACAUGCACGUCAGCUUUGGAUUGAGCUAUGGACCCUUGACCACGCAGCAGGAGAAGGAGGCGAGCGAGCACCACCUUCAAAGCUGGGACUGGGUGCAUCUGAACAGCUCCCACCUACGCGGCCCUCCCGUGCAGCUGCUGGCACUGGACCUGGCGACUCUGCAGCUCUCAAAGCUGCAGAGCCUGCAUGAGCAGGCUUUCGACAUUGUGCUGCCCAUCACCAAGGAAGGGACGGUCGGCGGCCUCUGUGGCUUCUUUGACAUUUCCUUUCAGCACGUUUCGGGUGAGUCUGAGUUCGUCAAUCUGAGCACAAGCCCCUUCAGCAAGGCCACCCAUUGGGGACAGCAGCUCUUCGGCUUCUUCCCCGAGUCUGUGGAUCUCUUUGGUCCUCCAGCGCAGCUGGGCCUCGCCGUGCUGCAGGGCGACGAGUUGUGCGGGAGGUGGCGCCUGGGGCGCGUGGCGCAAACUCGGGACUUUAGACUCGAGGUCGAGCUGAACCACACCUCAGCAAACGGUUUGCUGGGCUCUUACCACGAAGCCUGGAGCGAUGACUCCUGGUAUGUCCGGACUUUGGCAACGGAGCUGGUCCACGAGCUGGGUCCACUGGGUGCGGAGAGCAGCCAGCCGGUUUUGUCCAAGGCGCUGCACAGCCUGGAUCAAGAAGUACGCCGGAAUGCGGCGCUGGCGCUUGGCAAGCAAGCCAAGGUCGCAUCGAAGCAUGCUGGGGCCCUGUGCACACGGAUGUUGGGGAAUCGCCCUGGAGUCACAAGCGAUGAUCCGGAUGCUGACCUGAGCGAGCGGCUUGAGGUUCGCACGGCGUGCAUGUGGGCUCUGGGGCAGCUGGAGCCGGAAGCUGUGAUGCCACACAUCCAUAACCUCGACGAUGGUCUUUUUCACCGGAACCCGAGAUACCGACUCGUCGCGACGCAAGCUCUCGCCAACCUCGGGCCGAAGGCGAUUCAAACCCGGAAGGACCACUUGAUGGUGAUGGAGUCCACCGAUAGGGACGACGAUGCGCGGAAGGGGCGGAGCGACAAGAUGAAGGUCAGCCCGAAGCAUUUCGUUUUGAAGACACCCAUGGAGGGGCCCUGGCCGGACAACAUGAAGGUGUGUGUCCUGGCGAAUGGAUGCUUUUGGGGCUCAGAGAAAGGCUUUUGGCGCCUACCAGGCUCGGAUCUUUCCGUCGCAGGUGUGACACCACACAAAUACCUGUAA